AACCGUACGCUCGCUAAACGUGUAACUUACACUUCCAACUCCAAGCUCCAACCCACCACGACGGACGGACGGACGGCGGGGGAGCUUCCAUGGCCCCGACGAUAGAGACACAAUGGAGUACGACAUCCGCGUGGAGGACUACCUGAACGACAAGCUGCAGUCGACGGCGGAUCUGGAGCAACUCGACACGCUGCUCAGCAGCAUCGAGCACCAGCGCAGCCAGCUGCAGUCGCAGCUCGACGAUGCCACGCGCGAGCUCGACGAGGCCCGCCGGUCCGCCGAGGACCGCCGCGCCGCCCUGGCCGCCCAGGUCGACGAGUUCCACGCGCUGCAGCGCAGCAUCGACCGCCGCCUGCAGGCCAUCACCGAGUCCGACGCGCCCGACCACGCCAUCCGCCGCCUCGAGCCGCCCAUGAGGCAGCUGCACCGCGUCGACCUCGCCCACCGCUACCUGGGCCUGCUGCAGGACGUCGAGGCCCUGCGCCAGGCGGCGCGCUCGCAUCUGCCGCAGGACCCCAAGGCCGCGCUGGAACCGUACACGAGGCUGAAGCAGCUGUCGCUGCGGCUCAGGGAGCUGCAGCAGGCCGCGGACGGCGCCGCCGUGCACCUCGUCGCGCACGUCGAGUCCGCGACGGAGAGGCUGUGGGCCGAGAUGAAGAAGACCAUGUGCGACGAGCUCGAGGCGGUGCUGGCGAAGCGCGGCUGGCCGGGCGUCGCGCCCGACUCGGAGGUUGACGAAGAGUGGCUGCGGUGCGUCGAGAAGCUCGUCGACCUGCAAGCGCCCGAGGUGCUCUACUCGCCCACCACCGUCCGCCUCCUCCCGCUCGACGUCAUGGCCCAGAUCUUCGUCAAGGAGUUCCGCUUCCACUUCAUGAGCGACAAGCCGACCAGUAGCCCGCACGUCAUUGGCGCCCACUGCUUCCCCUGGUUUCUGGCCCUGAUCGAGAAGUGGGAGGACUUCUUGCGAGACAACUUCGGGCCGCUUCUUGCCUCGAGAUUUGCGGACACCGCCGUGGCCCAUAAAAUAGUGUACAUGGACCCCGUGUGCGCCUUUAUAACCUCGAUGCUGCCCGUGAUGAGAGAGAAGAUUGCCGUCACAAUAUCCGAGACUGCUGGGGACACGGUCUUUCUGAGCAGCCUCUUAUCGCAACUCAUGACGUUCGACGAGCGGCUCAGGACCGAAUUUACCUACGACGACGGCGAUGCCGAGGAUGGCUGGGGCGGGCUGACGUCCGAAGUGCUCAGCCAACAUUUCAGGACCUGGUUGGAGGCCGAGAAGAAGUUCGCGCUGGAGCGCUACCGGGCCAUCAUGGCGGCACCCGACGCAAGAGCCAUCGACUAUGAUUUCGCCGGGCCCGGCAAGACCAAACCCACGUUUGCUGCCGUCCGAGUCAUCGACCUGCUCCGGUCCGUCACAUCGCAGUACGAGCGGGUCCGGCGCUUCUCGCACAAGUUGCGCUUCCUGAUCGACAUCCAGCUCACCAUCCUGGACGAGUACCACGACCAUCUCCGGGAUACGCUCGAGGCGUACUUCAGCAUCACCUCGACCGUGGGCAGGGCGUUUGGGGUGACCAAGGAGCAGCUCGCUGCACUGGAGGGCACCGGCGCGCUCGAGACGCUGUGCAAGGUAUACGGCAGCGCCGACCACGUCGUCAACACGCUGAAAGACUGGAGCAAUGAGGAAUUCUUCGUCACGCUGUGGGCGCAACUACAAGCGAGAGCAGCCGAGGCCAGCGAGGACCAGAAUAACCUCGCCGGCGGCAUGAGCUACGACCACGUUAGGGACCGGACCUCGGCCGCCGUCGGCAAGGAGGAGGACGGCGGCGUGCUGUUUGACGAGACGAUUGCCGCGUACAGCCAGAGGAGGAAGCGGGCCGAGGAGUUCCUGUCCGAGGCGCUGGUCGACUCGCACCGGAAGGCCUUCAAGGCAUAUCUCCACCGGCCGCACUGGACCACAAUUGCGGACGAUGCUGUCUCGGGCGACGGGGGCACUGUCACCCCCGAGCUGGAAGAGCCAUUAAGAAUCCUCAAACGCGACCUGGACUUCCUCUCUCGCGCCCUCGGCACCGCCGUGUUCCGCCGCGUCUGGCGCGAGGCGCUCGAGAAGCUCAACAGCACGCUCUGGAGCGACGUCCUGAUGGGCCACAAGUUCACCGCGUCCGGGGCGGCGCAGUUCGCGCGCGACCUGGGCGCCGUCUCGGCCCUCGUCGAGCGUUUCAUUCCAGACGGUUCCGGCGCGCUCGGCAGCCUCGGCGACGCCCUCCGGCUGCUGAACCUGCCCGCCGGGCCGGCGGCGCAAGACGGCGGCGCUGGCGCCGCCCUGUCGCUCAGGCAGGCCACGGACAGGGUGUUCACGGACAACAGCGAGGCGAAGAAGGUGCUGGAUGAACUGGACAUCGACUCGUUGACCCCUGCGAACGCCAGGCAGAUCCUGCAGCGCAGGGUCGAAAACGCCGAAUGAUGCGCAUUGUUGUAGUCUAUAGAUCUGCGUAGUCUAUAGAUCCGUGUAGAUUCCAACCGAGGUGUCUCUCCGGCACAGGCCGUCGCUCAGGCCGUCCGGUUUUUGUAUCCCGGCUCGGCCUGAAAUUCUCUCCAC